CGCGGCGGUUCCAUAGCGACACGGGCCGGUAUGGCUCAGACCAGGAGGCACACGUACAGCCGGACCACCAGCAGCGGAAGCAGCAGGAUGAGUUCGGACGGGGGCGGCAAGCCGGCCAAGGUGGGCUCCAUGGUGGAGGUGAUCGGGAAGGGGCACCGGGGCACGGUGGCCUACAUCGGAGCCACGCUCUUCGCCACGGGCAAGUGGGUGGGCGUCAUCCUGGACGAGGCCAAGGGCAAGAAUGACGGCACCGUGCAGAACAAGCGCUACUUCACCUGCAACGAGAACCACGGCAUCUUCGUGCGCCAGUCCCAGAUCCAAGUCAUCGAUGAUGGAGCAGACACUACUUCUCCUGAGACCCCAGAGCUGGCUGGAGCGAAAGUCCUCAAACGAGAGCUUGUGGAGACCCCGAAAUCAAGCAAGCUGCAGCGAGGAGUGAAGCCCAAAAAGACGCCCGCUCCCCGGAAGACCACCGCUCGGCGCACCAAGUGGAACAGCUAUUCUCCAUCCAACCUGCCACGCUCCAUCUCCCUCCAAGCCUUACCCACCCGGCCCUCAGGCACGGCGGUGUCCAAGGCGGGCCCCUCCGGGUCGGCCUCCGCCUCGGCAGGAGAGAUGAGCAGCAGCGAGCCCAGCACGCCCGCCCAGACCCCGCUGGCCGCGCCCGUCAUCCCCACACCCGGCGGCCUGCUGUCCCCCGGAGCGCCGCCCCCUCCCACGCCCAGCAAGGCUGAGAGUGCCAGUGCAAUACAGGAGGAGGAGGCCCUGCGGGCACAGGUGAAAGAUGUGGAGGAGAAGCUGGAGACCCUGCGUAUGAAGAGGAACGAGGACAAGGCCAAGCUGAAGGAGCUGGAGAAGUACAAGAUCCAGCUGGAGCAGCUGCAGGAGUGGAAGAGCAAGAUGCAGGAGCAGCAGGCUGAGCUGCAGAAGCAGCUGAAGGAGGCCAAGAAGGAGGCCAAGGAGGCCCUGGAGGCUAAGGACCGCUACAUGGAGGAAAUGGCAGACACGGCAGAUGCCAUAGAGAUGGCCACGCUGGACAAGGAGAUGGCGGAAGAGAGGGCGGAGUCUCUGCAGCAGGAAGUGGACUCCGUGAAGGAGAAGGUGGAAGAGCUGACCAUGGACCUGGAGAUCCUGAAGCACGAGAUCGAGGAGAAAGGUUCAGACGGAGCUGCCUCCAGUUACCAUGUGAAGCAGCUGGAGGAGCAGAACGGGCGGCUGAAAGAGGCCCUCGUCAGGAUGCGCGACCUUUCAGCCUCUGAGAAGCAGGAACACGUGAAGUUGCAGAAGCAGAUGGAGAAGAAGAACACCGAGCUGGAGACCCUCAGGCAGCAGAAGGAGAAGCUGGUGGAGGAGAUGCAUCAGGCCGAGAAGACUAUCGACGAGCUCAAAGAGCAGGUGGAUGCAGCUCUGGGUGCGGAGGAGAUGGUGGAGACGCUGACAGAGAGGAACUUGGACCUGGAGGAGAAGGUUCGGGAGCUUCGGGAGACUGUCAGUGACCUGGAGGCCAUCAACGAGAUGAACGACGAGCUGCAGGAAAACGCACGCGAGACUGAGCUGGAGCUCAGGGAGCAGCUGGACCUGGGCGGGGCGCGAGUUCGAGAGGCCGAGAAGAGGGUGGAGGCAGCGCAGGAGACCGUGGCAGACUACCAGCAGACCAUCAAGAAGUACCGCGAGCUCACCGCACACCUACAGGAGGUGAACAGGGAGUUGAUGAGUCAGCAGGAGGCGACAGCCGAGCAGCAGCAGCAGCCUCCAGCUGAGAUGUUCGACUUCAAGAUCAAGUUUGCCGAGACGAAGGCUUAUGCCAAGGCCAUAGAGAUGGAGCUGAGGAAGAUGGAGGUGGGCCAGGCUAACAGGCAGGUGUCCCUGCUCACCUCCUUCAUGCCCGACUCCUUCCUGCGUCACGGCGGAGACCAUGACUGCAUCCUGGUCCUGCUGCUCAUCCCCAGACUCAUCUGUAAGGCAGAGCUGAUCAGUAAGCAGGCGCAGGAGAAGUUUGAUCUGAAUGAGAACUGUGUGGAGCGCACAGGGAUGCGUGGAGCCGUGGGGGAGCAGCUCAGCUUCGCCGCCGGCCUGGUGUACUCCCUCAGCCUGCUGCAGGCCACCCUGCACAAAUACGAACAGGCUCUGAACCAGUGCAGUGUGGAGGUGUAUAAGAAGGUGGGUACCCUGUACCCAGAGAUGAGCGUGCACGAGCGCUCCCUGGACUUCCUCAUCGACCUGCUGCACAAGGACCAGCUGGACGAGACCGUGCACGUGGAGCCACUCACCAAAGCCAUCAAGUACUACCAGCACCUGUACAGCAUCCACUUGGCAGAGCAGACGGAGGACUGCACCAUGCAGCUGGCCGACCACAUCAAGUUUACCCAGAGUGCCUUGGACUGCAUGGCCGUGGAGGUCGGCCGCCUGCGGGCCUUCCUGCACACCGGACAGGAGGCGGCCGACCUGGCCAUACUGCUGAAGGACCAGGAGACCUCCUGCAGCGACAUCCGCCAGUUCUGCAAGAAGAUCCGCCGCAGGAUGCCCGGCACCGACGUCCCGGGCAUACCCGCCGCCCUCACCUUCGGUCAGCAGGUGGCAGACACGCUGAUGGACUGCAGGAAGCACCUGACCUGGGUGGUGGCCGUGCUGCAGGAAGUGGCGGCUGCUGGCGCCCAGAUGAUCGCGCCCCUCGGCGAGCAGGAGGGGCUGUCGGCCCUCAAGCUGGAGGACAUGGCCUUCAAGGCAGGAGAGCAGAUCUACGGCACGCCAGGCAUCAACCCAUAUGAAUGCCUGCGGCAGUCCUGCAGCAUUGUCAUUGCCACCAUGAACAAGAUGGCCACCGCCAUGCAGGAGGGGGAGUACGAUGCAGAGAAGCCCCAGAGCAAGAUGCCCCCGCCUGUGGAGCUGAGGGCCGCAGCUCUGCGUGCCGAGAUCACAGACGCCGAGGGCCUGGGCCUCAAACUGGAGGACAGAGAGACGGUCAUCAAGGAAGUGAAGAAGUCCCUGAAGAUCAAGGGCGAGGAGCUAAGCGAGGCCAACGUCCGGCUCUCCCUGCUGGAGAAGAAGUUGGACAGCUCCUCCAAGGACGCCGACGAGCGCGUGGAGAAGAUCCAGACCAAGCUGGACGAGACCCAGACCCUGCUGAAAAAGAAGGAGAAGGAGUUCGAGGAAACCAUGGACGCCCUGCAGGCCGACAUCGACCAGCUGGAGUCGGAGAAGGCCGAGCUGAAGCAGCGCCUCAACAGCCAGUCCAAGAUGACCAUCGAGGGCCUGAGGGGACCUCCUGCGUCUGGCAUCGCCUCCAUCGUGACGGGCAUGGCAGGGGGCGGCGGCAUGCCCAGCAUGGGCGGAGGCUCCGGGCCCGUGCAGGUCAUCGACUCCCCCCUGCUGGUGCAGCAGAUCCAGGCCCAACGCCUCAGCAUCAAGCACCUGAAGAACGAGAACAACCGCCUCAAGGCGGAGAAGAUGAACGCCCAGCUGGCCUCCCUGCCCCCACUGCGCGUGUCCAAGCUGCCGGCCCGGGACGGCUCCCGCCCCGAAGUCCUCUCCAGCGGCCUCUACCGCAAAACCAACCAGCUGCUGGAAACCCUGCUCCAGAUGAGCGCCAACGUCAAGGUGGUGGACAUCACCGGCAAGUCUCCAGUGACUCCCAGUGCACAGCUACUGGAACAGACUGCUCGAUUACAGUCUCUAAGCGACACUCUGGACAGGCUUAAGGAUGAAGUGGCAGAGCAUGUUGUGGUUCACAGGCCCGGGGCCCGCGUCCCCUCGGACUUCGCCACGUUCCCCUCCACCUCCUUUGUCAAGGCCAAGGAGGAGAAGAGGGGCGACACAGUGCUAGUGGGGAGGGUGAUGGUGCCCUGCUCUCGAGGUCAGGAGCAGGUCCACCGCCUCGUCCUCUCACGGCCUGAGCUCCACCGCGUGCACCGCCUGCUGCUGACAUAAGCCCCGUCCCCCCGGCCCCGCGUCUGUCUGCGUGUCUGUCUGAUGUAUGCGCAUAAUUACAGGCCCCCUCAAGUCCCCUUACGGUUCUCUCUCCGUCUCCCAGCCCUCUGUUAAACGUAGGACAUGGCCAGAACCAUGGCAACACUACACUGAUGAAGGAAGGCCCAAGAAUAUGUUCACAUUGGUCACCUUGAUAAGGGCAGUCAGCUUCGGGAAUACCCUGCCGACACGACUUCUUUUGUUGUUUCCAAUCAAGUUUUCUUUUCUUUAAGCGUAGUUCAUGGUUUCAUUUUGAUAGAAAUUGAUCUUAGGGUAGACAUUUCUUUAAAAGUCCAAAGGUUUUUUGGCAGUGCAUGGUUUCCUAGGCAAACUGGCUUUAGAGGAUGAGUUGUGAAAGAUCUUGAUGCGCGCAGAAGAGCGAUAGUGACAGAACAGAACAAAGCGGUUUGCACACGGGGACAGGCUCAAGCUCUGAUCCAUCACUUGCACACUGCAGGGGCUGCUACAUAACAACUGCUUACGCAAAUACUAAUGUAUCUGUCUCGUAAUGAAUGGAAGGUGUAUUUACCCUCCUGUAUUGUGGUUACUUUUUUCAAUUCAAUAUUUAUGUGGGGCAUGUAUAAAAUAUGUAAUAUCACAUCGAUAGGUGUUCUAAACUGCAAGGCAUUCGACCGUUCAUUCACUGUAUAACUGUUUGAAGUCAGCCUUUAUGCAGGUUCCAGUUAAAUCAAAAAUUAAUUUGUGUGGAUAACAUUUUUAGUUUUGCUUUUGAGUUGCCAAAGUAUGUUAUUCCAACUGUAUCAUAUGAUAGGUGAUGUAGUUCAGCUUGACCAAUGGUGUAAUCAUUUCUGCCUAACCAAUACUGCUCUGCCUCUAGUGACUGCAUUGUACUUUUUUUGGGGGUUUUUUUUCCCCCCAAACAAACAAAGCCUCAUUUUUUUAAAAUACCAAAAUCCCAUUUAAGUUUCGUACUGGCAUUUUUUGUGAAUGGAUUGCAAACCAAAAACCAAAACCAAAAAGAGACUCAUUGGUUUUGGAAUAGUCUUCUGACCGUUCCGUUGCGCAGAUAGGUAGUCAUGGGUUAAUUGGCUUCCCGGACCAUUGCCUCCAGAUCAUGCCUUUCACUGAUCAGCUACAGAGACGUACUUUGCCCCGCACUGGAUGUUCAGCCUUCCCAAAGUGCAUUAUUAAUGUCGUGUCCUAUAGACCUGCAUGCACCGUUUCUCCUACUGGCCAAAAUGAACUGACCACAGUGUUUAAUACUUAGCUGUGCGCAUAAAAAUUAACCUUGCUUGCGGCCUUUCAAAAUGGCGUUCUGCCUUUUAGAUGCAGUAGUUUAUUACAGCACUAAACCCAGUUACUGCAGCCUCCUCUGAUGCGCUCUAAUUUUAAAGGCCAGAGGAAAGCAAGACUGAAUGAUGUGCUCACUAAUGAUGGUUUGCAGCCUUAGACUGAACCCAGUUUCGCAUUAAAGCCAAGUUUGCAAGACCUAACUCAAUUUUCUUACUUAAGCCCAUUCCGUCUUCGCCAAAGGUCAUCGCCCUCAUAGCAUUCACCUGUCUUUGCUCCCUUGUGGCAUUUCGCUCUCCUGGUUCUGUGCUCACAAAGCCUCUUGGAGUAGGAAUCUUGACGUAGGAUCUGGGUUUGCCUUUUGUUGGUGAUAACUGAGAAGGUUGCUAUGUGGACAGGGAUAACUGAUCCUAGAUCAGCAGCUCUACUCUGAGAUUGCAUGGCGGUAAGGCUCUGGUCAUAGCGGAAGCUGUCCUGUCAAAACAGUUUGCUCGGGCCCCCUGUAACCUAAGUGUCCCCUCUGCCGCAGCUGCCCAGCCCACUGUGUGCCGUGCGUCUGCAUGCGCUUUUUAACACCCUGUCCCAUAGUGUCCGUGUGUCUCAGACCAGCCACUGGCCUCAUAGUACUGUAACCAUCUGGACAAUAAAGCUUUAUCACAAAGGAA